AUGGCUGGCUGCCACACCCUCUUUGAUGGCGAAGGCGUAUCCGGCGUCUCAUCCUGUCCUACACAGAUCUUACCCAGCUGUGCUCGUCCCGAGAAGCGAAUGUUAGCAAAAGUCGCGAUUACUACCUCAUAUCCAGCCAGUUCGCUAACCAAUGACUCUGUUCUUCGUUUCGUUUGUCCCUAAAACAAGCAAUGCAGGGAAUGCUCUGGGCCAACAAAUGAAAUGGGUGGGAAUCCACCAGCUAUUAUCGGAAAUCCACGCGCAUAACACAUGCAAAUUUUGUGUGGGUGUGGUGGCACUCCCGUGUGCAGACUCACGUCGCGCCAACGGGGACCAGUGCUACCCUUCCACUUUCUUGUGGUAUAAAGUCCUGGUCCGUGUACUUUGUUAACCGUGGCAUGUGGUAGUACGCCUAGGUGCGGGCUUUCGCCGCAUCAACCACCUGCGUCCUCUCUGGCCUCCGGUCUUCUUGAGGAGGAGGAGGAGGAGGAGGAGGAGGAGGAGGAGGAGGACAGAGUGCGGCAAAUGCAGCGCAAGUCUAUUACCACUAUAAGCUACUCCACGCACAAGUCAUCGCGCUUCCUCCCCGCCUGCUGAGGCAUGCAGCGAACAUCGUCGAAAUCGACGGUCGAACCUUCAUGCCUAUCUAUCUGGCCUGACGUAACAUUGUCUGAAGGCGAAUAAACACCCCACGGUGUCUGAGCGUGAUAAGUCACUCUGUCAGACUCAGGAGUAGAUGGGAGUUGUUGAGCCGCUCAUAGAGGUCGCUUACAGAGACGAAAUAAAGGUCGGAUCUUAUUUCGAAGCCGCACCUGCAGUAGAGUUAGAGGGUUAAGCAGAACCCCUAACACAUUACCCUAAAACUAGCCCCCAACUCUUAUCUUAACCCUAACCCAAACGCCUAACCCUUGACCCUAACUCUAACCCCUAACACUAACCAUAACACCAAGCACAAGCCCCUAAAACUAACCCCUAACCCUAACCACUAACCCUAACAGGUGAGAGGCGAGGAAGAUGUGUAGGUCUUUGCGAAACUCGUCUUUCACGUUGUCUUUUUUUGCUGGGGUUGACGGCACGGAUGAUUGUAACGAAUUUCUCCCACGUGGUGUAAUAGCCUAAUCACUAGGCUUUAUCUGGUUCCCUACCGGAGGUCGGAUUAGUUGGCUUUUAGUGCCAUUUUUGAUGGCGAAGGCGUCUCACUCGGCGUCUCACCCUGUCCCACACGGAUCUUACCCAGCUGUGCUCGUUUCGAGAACCGAAUGUUAACAAAAGUCGCGGCUACUACCUCAUAUCCAGCCAGUUCGUUAACUAACGGAACUGUUCUUCUUUUUGUUUGUCCUUAAAACAAGCGAUAAUGUGAAUGCGCUGGACAACAAAUGAAAUGGGUUGGAGUCCACCAGCUAUUAUCGGAAAUUCACACCCAUAACACAUGCAAAUUCUGUGUGGGUGUGGUGGCACUCCCACGUGCGGACUCACGUCGCGCCAACUGAGAUCAGUGCUACUUUUCCACUUUUUUGUUGUAUAAAGUCCUGGUCCGUGUACUUUGUGGACCAGGGGAUGUAGUAGUUAGCCUGGGUGCAUCAACCACCUGCGUCCUCUCUGGCCUCCAGUCUUCUUGAGGAGGAGGAGGUGGAGGAGGAGGAGGAGGAGGAGGAGGAGGAGGACAGAGUGCGGAAAAUGCAGCGCAAGUCUAUUACCACUAUAAGCUGCUCCGCGCACAAGUUAUCGCGCUUCCUCCCAGGCUGCUGA